GAAAAAACACUAAACUCUAGGUCUAGGCCAUGGUGGACUGGUAGUUUCGGAGUUCAUAACAAACCCCAAAUUUCACGUGGAAACCCUCGAAAUAAAUCUGCAAUUGUCUACGCAAAUCCGAAUUAAUCAAAAGCAUUUGCAACAACUAUCAGAUAUGUUGAUGGGUCACGCGGAUGUUCUAUCAGAACUUAGAUCAUCAAGAGAUCAGCUACUUGGUGAUCCUGAGCUGGACUUAGAGGAUGAUGAAGAAGCAGCUUAUACUGAAUCUGAACAGAUAGUGUAUGAAGCCUCCUUUGAAGAGCUUGCCGAAAAUCACAUCAAGUAUGAUACGAUCAUUUGGGUUUCUAUAUCUCUUUUACUGGUUUUAGCAUGGGGAGUCGGCAUUUUUAUGUUGCUUUAUCUGCCCAUUCGAAGAUAUGUGCUUCAAAAGGAUCUUUCCUCUCGCAAACUGUAUGUCACACCAAGCGAAAUAGUUUAUAAGGUUUCUAGGCCGUCUUUCAUACCCUUUUGGGGCCAAAUAACAAUUGAGAAGCAUGUACCUCUUUCCCUUGUGAUUGAUAUAAUUAUUGAACAAGGUUGCUUACAGUCAGUUUAUGGAAUUCAUACCUUUAGAGUAGAAAGCAUAGCACAUGGAAAAGCGGCACCUGUUGAUGAAUUACAGGUACAGGGUGUUGCCAACCCUAGUCUCCUGAGGAAGGUCAUUGUAGCAGAAGCAGCCAAGGUUAUACAAGCGGUUGGUAGAAACUGGAAAGUUAACACUCAUACUGGUGAAGGGGACAAUGUGUCCAGAAUGGCUUCAUUGACAGAGGGACCUGCUCCUUGGAAGUCACCAUCCAAAAGUUGGAAGACCCGGGUUCCCCCUACCAAACUUCAGUGGAACGCAGAGGGUCUGUACAUGGAGACUUUCUCCUGCAAAAACUUGAUGAAGUCAGUAAAUCGGUAAAGAAAAUUGAGUUCCUCGUUGAAAAGUCCAAAGAUUCCCCGGAACGUAGAUGAAAUGCGGAAGUACAAAGAUUAAGAUUGCCCUUAUGGUGGCUGAAACACAGCACCCUCAUUAGUUAAAAGUCUAUCAUGUAGAGAUAACAAUGUGUUUUUGUUUUUUAUUGUAAUGUUUAUGAUCUCGUUAAUAGUUCAGAAGUUCAAAAUCCUUUCAGAAAAGAAACUGCUCAGAAUCAUGAAUUUACAUUCUCAUAGACUUAGAAGUC